AUGGCCGCUCCAGGGGACUUUGUAAGUUUAACUGUAAGGCUCGUGGACAGGAGCCGAACUGUGGAGAAAGCUUGGCAGGGCACCACUUAUCUGUCCGUGUGGCACCUUGGGCGGGAUGUUGGCAUGCUGGAGCUGUCCAGUCUGAAUGGCCGUGGCUACCUCUUCACCCACGAUGGGCGGAGGUGGAGCAAUCUCAUACAUCCCAACCUGAGGCUGAGUGAUGUUGGGGUAAAGGAGGGCAGUGUUGUCGAGUUUUCCGGUGACUUCGACAAGUCUGCAGGCACACCGCUCAUUCUCCAGGUCCACUUGAUGGAUAGAAGCAAAACAACAGAGGAGUUUGGAGCAGUGCUCCCAGAGGCCUGCGUAUGGGAUCUCGGCAUGUCUUUGGGAAUGGAGAAGCUGUCCACGCUGGGGGGCUACAUUUUCUCCUUUGAAGGAAGACGCUGGAAGAGCCUGGAGCAUCCGUCACUCACCUUCGCAGAAGUUGUCGGAGGCGGUUUCGAGGGCCAGGAGCUUCUUGUCGCCUUCGAGGGUGACUUCACCCGUCGAGAUCUGCCGAGCUCCGAUGCGGAGGUAACGCUGUCAGUCGUGCUGAUGGACAAAUCCAAGAGUAAGACAGUCUCUGGAAGGGCAAGGAGGGGCGACUCAGUCUGGAAGUUUGGGCUACUCGUGGGCAUGGCAUCCUUGACGACCUCCAGCCGAUCACAGGGAGGAUACGUCUUCCGACGGCAGGGUGGUGAAUCCUACAGGGAGCGUCUGUACCCGGAUCUAACCAUUGCAGCUGCCGGCGUGAAGGAUGGUGACACUGUCGAGUUUUCUGGCGACUUUGAUGUCUUCGAGCCUACAACUGAUGCCCGUACCGAUCCUGGGACAGCGGUGACACUUACGGUCGUGCUGAUGGACAAAUCCAAAAGCCGGACAGUCACGGGAAGAGCCAAGAUGGGCGACUCAGUCUGGAAGUUUGGGGAGGAAGUUGGCAUGGCAACGUUGAGUACGAUGUCUAAGUACAUCUUCCGACGGCAGGGCGGUGAAUCCUACAAAGAGCGCAUGUACCCCAAUCUAACCUUGGCAGAUGUCGGGGUCAGGGAGGGUGACACUGUCGAGUUUGCUGGUGAUUUCGACCCUGUCGCGCCUGCACCCGGUGCCCGUGCAGAUGCUGGGACAGCAGCUACACGUGCCUUUUUGCAGGUGACACUUACGGUCGUGCUGAUGGACAAAUCCAAAAGCCGGACAGUCACGGGAUUAGCCAAGAUGGGCGACUCAGUCUGGAAGUUCGGGGAGGAAGUGGGCAUGACAACGUUGAGUACGAUGUCUAAGUACAUCUUCCGACGGCAGGGCGGUGAAUCCUACAAAGAGCGCAUGUACCCCAAUCUAACCUUGGCAGAUGUCGGGGUCUUGGAGGGUGACACUGUCGAGUUUGCUGGUGAUUUCGACCCUGUCGCCCCUGCACCCGGUGCCCGUGCAGAUGCUGGGACAGCAGCUACACGUGCCUUUUUGCAGGUGACACUUACGGUCGUGCUGAUGGACAAAUCCAAAAGCCGGACAGUCACGGGAAGAGCCAAGAUGGGCGACUCAGUCUGGAAGUUUGGGGAGGAAGUGGGCAUGGCAACGUUGAGUACGAUGUCUAAGUACAUCUUCCGACGGCAGGGCGGUGAAUCCUACAAAGAGCGCAUGUACCCCAAUCUAACCUUGGCAGAUGUCGGGGUCUUGGAGGGUGACACUGUCGAGUUUGCUGGUGAUUUCGACCCUGUCGCCCCUGCACCCGGUGCCCGUGCAGAUGCUGAGACAGCAGCUACACGUGCCUUUUUGCAGGUGACACUUACGGUCGUGCUGAUGGACAAAUCCAAAAGCCGGACAGUCACGGGAAGAGCCAAGAUGGGCGACUCAGUCUGGAAGUUUGGGAAGGAGGUGGGCAUGACAACGCUAACCACACACAGUCGGUCCCAGGGUGGAUACGUCUUCAAGCGGCAGGGUGGUGAAUCCUACAGGGAGCGCCUGUACCCCCAUCUCACCUUGGCAGAUGUCGGAGUAAGAGAGGGUGACACUGUCGAGUUUUCUGGUGACUUUGAUGUCUUCGAGCCGAAAGCGUGA